AUGGCGGCCUUCUACUGUGCUUUCUCCCGCAGACUCCUAAUGAAGUCUUUUUGGCGGCUUAGUUCUUCUCAAAAACUCUUCAGAAGCACGUUGUCGUUCAAUUUACUAACCAGAAUUAACGGAAAGGCCAAAUUCUCCAGAAAAGCGGUCGGUCAAAGUGAGGCGACUUUUGAGGCGAAUGGCACAAAUUGUAGUGAAAAUGUGGUCAGUGUUAGUACAAAUUCUUCUUUCGUCCACCCUGACAAACGAACGAUAUUUGUGGGGAAACUAAAUCCCAUAGCAACAGAAAAUUCAAUCCAGGUUUACUUCGCUCAGUUUGGAGAGGUGGAAGAGGUUUUUUUGAAAAAUCCCAAGAAGUUUAAACAAAUGUGGCCAUAUGCAUACGUGCAGUUCAAAGAUGUCUCUAGCAUGGAAAAGGUUCUCGCUCAAAGGCAUUUGAUUCACAUGAGAUACGUGCAAGUGAAUGCAGCUUAUAUGAAAAACUCUCAAAACAAGAUUUGCGUCUGCAAUGUUCCACAGGAAAUGACAACAUCAGAGUUAAAGGCGCAUUUUUCACAUUAUGGGGAAAUCCAAGACGUGAAUGUGGUCCUUAUGGUUAAUCCUCGCUAUUGCUUUAUUGAGUUUACAACCGCAGAUGCGGUGCUAAAAGCUCUUGAAAGUCCCAUCCAUAAAAUUGGUGAGAGCGAGGUGGUUGUGAAGAAGAGCAUUGAAAACGCGAAAAAGAUCUAUGUGAAAAGGAGAGUCUGUAUACAUGAAGUUCCAGAAGGGCUAACAUUGGAACAUUUGAAAGAUUACUUUGCACAGUUUGGAAGGUUGGCAUUUAUCGAUAUGAUUUUCAUGCGUAAUCACAAGCUGAAAAGAGACAUGGCAAUUUUGGCCUUUUUCAAUGACGAGCCUGUCCAAGUGUUAGAAAAAAAUUACCUGCACAUAAUUAAAGGAGAAGAGGUGAUGGUAAGGCGCGCCAGGUCUCAGGAUGGGAACAAGGAGCGUAACGUACAAAUCUUUGUGGACAAGAUUCCAGGUUGUGUAAAGAAGGAAGAACUGACACAGUAUUUUGAAGGAUUUGACGAUGAUAUUAUCCACCUCAGCAUGAAGAGGUGGGGAGGAAAAGAAAAUUUUCAAAGUGCAUUUGUUACUUUUAAGAAAAAAUAUACAGUUAACAAAAUUAUGGCCAAAGCUGAACAUUCUAUUGGUGCAAGACAGUUUAUUGUUAAAAGGUUUGGAUGGAGUGCUUGA